AUGUCCAUCGCCGCAACUAAGCCGUCGCAGUUUCCUCAGACCUCUGCCGGGGCAGGAAACCACCCACCCUCACCAGUCGACGCUUCUGCCCUCAAACCUUCUGCGCGCGAGUGGAAGUCUCUAGUGACGCAUCGGCUAAAGAAAUGCUCCCCCAGCAACAGCAGAGGCAGAGGCCAUGCGCCACAAGCGCCGCCUCCCCUUUCGUCCUCAACGGUUCAGCCCGGAGUGCACCGAACCGAUGCACAAUCAAGUGACUCAGUUGCAACUGCCAUCACGGAUCUGUGCGCGUGUGCUCAUUGGUGCGGCAUUGCCGUUGACGAGUCGCUUGUCGAGAGGGCUUGUGGACAAGCAGCGGCGAGAAAGCGGCAUUGGGGAGAGGGCGUGCGCCGGAUCGAUGCCCGCACCCGUGGCGCAUCGGUGGGGCACGCGCUGCGCCUUCUUCGGAGUGGUUUGCACACCCUUGCACUACCGCAGAGCGCCACCCGUGUGACUGGGGGGAACAGCACUCGCGCAGCCGCAUCGAAGUCCUUCUCUUCUGUGGUGUAUGAGGAUGAGCGGCGAGCAUCGCGAGAUUACACGCCGUCGUCCUCUGCGGUCCCUUCGUCAUCGCCAAGAAAACCUCGCGUAACGCGUCGACUCGCUGCUGCGUGGCAGCGUGCGUGCAGUGAAGCGUGUCUGCCAGCGCACAUGGAGCCCCUUACCAGCCGUGCUCGUGGAAGCUCGAGAUGGACGCGGAGCUUCACAGCUGAAGAAGAGCUGCGUGCACACUUUCAGCGAGCCCUGUGCUGGCGAUCGGGUACCUCUGCGCAGGCGAUGGUGGACGGAAAGCUGGUGACGGAGGUAGAGCUGCGGUUGAUGUCAGCGUUCGUUGUGGAGUCGUACGUGUCUCUGCGUGGAAAGCUGGAAAGCCAUUGUCGCCAAGGUGCCCCCAUCGUGCGAACGAGGCGCAAUCUGUCGAUUGCAUCGGAGCUUCAGUGGCAGCUGCUUGUGCUUCUGGUGCUCGCCGAUGAGGUCUGUGCCACACUCGGCGGCAGUAAUAGCGACUCUCUGGACACAUCACGAAAGGUGGGAGGCGCUACCGAAUCCAUUGCAGCCCGCGAGUGUAUCGUUGCCGUGGCGGCCGUCCAGCUGUGCGCGCUGAACCACAUGCGUUCGCAGAGGCGUGUGACUGUGGUCGCUCGCACCGACACAGAGCAUAGCGAGAUGAACGCGAGGGAAACGACGGCGGUCGCGCCAUACAGUGUCCAUACCGUGCGCGCAGCUCGUCGCCUCGUGGAAAGUCUGCUGGCCUUGAACCCGAAGGUGGACGAAGGCGCCGUUUUGUCGCCAACGAGCGCCGAUGCCAGCAGCGCGUGGUCGCCUGAUAAUUGGCUGGGGGAGCAUCUCUGCUAUCUCGCUGAGGCCGGCUGUCUAUCGUCCUCGGCAAGGCGGCACAAGGAUCAAGGCGGAGCCACCUCGGCGCCUCUCCUUCUGCUUCUUCGCCUGCUCGUGCAGAGCACCUCAUGGCAUCGCUACUGUGCAGGUGCUGCUGUGAAAGGGGCACAACACCUACGCCAUGUGUGUGCUGCCGUGCUGUUGAUUGAAAGUGUCUUGCAGCGCGCCUCUGAGGAUGAACGACCGCGUCGCCUAGGCGAACUCCGCGGCGCUCUACAGUUGUCACAGCCAUUCGUUCGCGAGGGCAAACAAGUGAAGGAAGCGGUGCGGAAACCCUCGCAGGUGCCACGACAGGGCGCCCGGCACCACUCUCGUUCCUCUCACGAAGGCGAUUGCGCUGACAGUGGCACCAUAGCAUUAUCGGCCGCCACCAGUUGCUUCGUGUGCCAGGUGCUUGAUGGCUGCCCACCGUGGAUUUCCCGCCGGCUGCUGUUAUCAGGGUCCCCACCCCAACUACUCCGCUCAAGGCUCGGCAACCCCGAGAAGCUGCUGGAUCAGGAGCUGCUGCUUGCCGAGGUGAUGAUACGGCUUAGCCCGGGGAUGGUGCUCAACGCCGCCUGGCGGCAGCGUCGCGCUCGCGAUGUGGAGGCUGUGCUUUGCACGUCACCCGUGGGGAGUGCAACGGAACUCGAGUACGCAGACGCUUCGGACGUUAGAGCCGGUGGCGGCGCCAACUCAACCGCGCUGAAGACAGGUGAUUCCGAUGCCCGGGUACCCCGCUUACUCCUCCAACAACACAACGAGCUGGUGCAGGUGUGCAGCCGACUGUACGCCUCGACAGGGUCGUGCCCGUACUCCGUCUUCACAACAAUUACCUCACUGCCCCCAUCGUGGCACACCCUGUCAAGCCCCUUCUUGUCCUCCAUUCUUUCCCAACUGGACCCACCAGCGAUCUUCAGGAUAGCAGAGGUGCUGCUUGAAGCGCUCAUGCUACGACCGUCGUUGUCAUCGGCAGCCCGUCACGAGGGGUACUCGAGAGCGCACCGAAAUGCCCAUGCGGCGCGGCUCAGGGCAGAAGUUAAGGAGGGUGGUCUAGCGCGAGCGGACGCUGGGGUGACGCAGGCUCAAGCAGCCGUGCUGGCGCUUCAGUGCCUUCUCAUGUCGGUGCCAACAGACGAUGCCCGCGCAGAGGUGUCGCAACGAGUGCUAACUCGCUUCUGCGCAGCUCUGACGGAGAGUGCACGAGCGGGGGAAGGAGGCAACGCCGACCUCACGAGAGAGAUGGUGCAUGGUGCUGGCGUGUGUCUUGUUGCCUUGCUGGUAUGCGCCUCGCCUUCGCGCUGCAACCUGACAGCAGCCACACAGGAUCUCCUGGCUGCGGUCAAAUCCCUGGUCGAUAGCCGUAGAAAUCUUCUACACGGUAAGCGAGAAGGCGACGAAGUUUAUGGUGCACUGCACAGCUGGUGGUUGGAGGGGAUGGGCAGCAUCGUGCUUGCGCUACACGCGCAGUUCGCUCGGGGAGCAUCGCAGUGCGCGAGGUCCGCGUCGACAGAGCACAGUACCGGGGGGGCACCACAUCGCUCCCCGCUUGUGUCUCUGUCGCCAGCGGCUCAACUCGCAGCGUGGUGGGAGAGCCAGUCAAGCCUGCAGACCGCCUCCGAUGCUCUGCAGCCGCGCCUUCGCGAGGUCUGCUACUGGACAGGUACGCGGAUCAUGCGGCUGUGCAACACCGCUGCCUACGUCGCCACCAUGUCGACACCGACCCCCAACGCGGCUUCUUCGCCGCCGUCGCUGCCGACACUGUCCACGACGGACGCGGAGGCGGUGAGACUGGCUUGCACGGCAGCCUAUGAAAUGUUGAGCCUGGAGCAGUUGUGUCACCUCGCUCUUGCCUCGGGCACCUUUCCGGUUCCCGAGGAGGUGCAGGAAGCCUCGAAUGCAGCGGCGCGGCCCUCUUCCAGUACUGCGUCGUCGUUGCCGUCGUCAACUCCCGCGGUGUAUAAUUCGUGUGUUCGCUUACUGGCUACUGCCGAGGCGGGUGGUGUGUUAGAGGGUGACUUCGGUUCUGACGACGGCGUCACGAGCAUCUUUACACACCCACUGACUGCUGCGCGGGAACCUGGGGAUGGCGCGCUUAACGUCCUGCAGCACCGCCAGGGACACCUCCUCACGGAUCGGCAGCAUGAGCGCCUCGUGGAGGCGCUGCGCGACUGUUCGAGGCGACGCUGCGUAAAAGAGGCGGUUGCGUUGUUCUACGCCCACGAGCGCCAGCACCGACGCCUUCAGCUGGCAGAGGUAGAGUUAUUUGCGGAGACGGCGAAACGGGCGCCGCUGUCGUUCCUCGUACGCCUGUUGCUCUACCUACCACCACCGUGUGAGAGCGCGGUGCUAGCAAGCGCCAUCAUCACCGGCGCGUGGAAGGCGUACCAGCGCGCGUUGCACCAACACAGUAAUCGGGUGACGGCAGCCGCACCAGGGGUGAAGCGGGGUGGCAACCAACACGAAGAGUCGUCUCUCGCGUCACGUAUUCGCUGCCGUUUGCGUCGACGCGUGGAGCAGGCGUGGUACGAGAGCCUGGCGGUGGCACGCCGCGCGUUGGCGCUUCUCCCCAGCGCCGGUACUGCGGAUGACAUUGACGAGGCGGAGCAACUCAGGCUCCACUUCAUUCUCCAGCGCCUUGUAUGCGCGCGUCCGCGCUCGAUGCAGCCCUCUGCGUCGCCGAGACCUGCGCACCCGUCUUCCUCAGGUGUCACUGUGUCUCUCGAGGAGUGGGACAGCUGCACAGUGCAGAGCGCUCAGCUGCUAGCUGCGCUACUGAGGUCGUCGUCGUCAUUGGAGAAGUCACGGCAGAGGCAUCACGUGCUCCAAGGUGCGUCGGUGCGCCACUCGGUGGGGGAACUUUGCCAAAUCAUCCAGUUCUGCGACGCCAAUGGGGACUCGACCACCGCCGUACAGGAGUACCUGCGGUUGGCGAACUCGCCUGCGUCUCACCCAGCACGCUCGCAUCCUUCAUCGGCCUCGGCGCGGAAGACACCGAAGUUGCGUAAUUCGCCGGCCGGUGCGAACUACGCUCGCGCAGUGCCGCUGUUGCCAGUGGACGUCUACGUUUCGCUUUUGAGUUUAGCACGCAUGCACGUGGUGGCCGCGUGCGAGGACGACGCCGCAACCUACGCCGUUCCAGUGGCGGCGGCGGCGUCCUCGAAGUCGGUGCCGCCAGCCACUCGCGUAGCGUAUGUGGCGGCUCAUCGGGAGACGUCCGAGGAAGUGGCAACAGAAGCCCCAGUGGUCUCCGGAGAAGCGCCACACAGCGGUGCUGCACUGAUGCGGGAUCUUGGGGAAGGUGAGGUUGGAGGUGCGGAUGCGGAGAUGACACUGUUGCUGCAUCUACCCGCUUCCUUGGCGGAGAGUGCCGCCCCACUCUCAGACGCAGUUGCGGGGGCCGCUACCGAGAGCGCUGGUUUGUUGAGGGGCAAGUCUGUUCAAGGUGCAGUCCCGGGCGACAGCAGAUACCACGCCAAUGGAGAGGACACGCCUGCUUCGGCUGCCACUGCAGCUGCCACUCGUCGCACGAUUACAUACGCGGUGAACUGCACAGCAGCCGUUCAGAGACUCUCACUGACGCUGCCACGCCCACUCCUACGCAUCCUGCGCGCCGACAGCGCUCUCACUCCCUUGACGGCCAUACUACAUGACGCACUGCGGUGGUGCCGGCUGCGACCGCGAUCGAGGCCCGCUCGCGACAGUGCCGCCGCCGCCGCUGCGGACGGACUCAAUGCUGCGGCGCUCAACUCGGCCGCUGACUUUGCGGACAGCGACGGCCCCGCCACGGUCGACGUCGUGGCGCGGCUGAUCGCUGCGAUGUUUCAGCUGGACGGCGCAGAGGUUGACGAGAUGGUCGAUGUGGCGCAUCUUCACCCGUCGACUGCAACAGCGCCCGUGGCGGUGACUCGUCGUACCUUCGCGUGCCGUGUCUCACCUGUGAACCUGGAGUUUUGGCGCCUCGUGCGGCACAGCGACGCCUUGCUGAGCUACAUCUGGGACUACGUGUGGGAGCUGUACCAACUGGAGGUGACAGUGCUGUGGGUGUCGCCGGCGCAGCAGCAGCGUGCAUACCUGGCCGUUGCCGAGUGCGCCCAAGUGAUUGUGGCUGCCUUGCAAGCACUAGACGUGUGGGCGUUGAAGAUGCACACUCACGAGGUACGUGAGCGCGGCAGCAGAUGGGGCAGCGGUGGCGAUGGUGACUACCAGGUCAACAUGCAGCCCUCUCUCACGACCGCCCGAAGCGAUGUACCUGCGGCAACCUCGAGCGAGCGGAGGUUGUGCGGCUCUGUGGACGAGUGGCGGGCUCGGUUGAGAAGUGGGGCACUUCAUCGACUGCAUGCGCGCCUGUUCGACGAAGGCAACCCCCUCGCUGUCCCGCGUAGCUUUUAUGGCGAAGCAGCACCGGCAUUGAUCCCCGAUUCUCUCGCGUCCUCUGGUAUGGUGAAUACCACCUCCGCUGCGAUCGAGUACGUGACGGCGGUGAUUCAGCACAGCAGCAGAGCUUUCAAGAGCUGUGCCCCUGCGGACCCCCUGAUGCAGCUGGCAGCCAACCCAAUCGCAGCGGCAUUAUCAGCUCCGCUCGACAAAUCACGCAACAGGAGCGUGAUCUCGCCGGGAGGGGUGCCGGAGUUGUUGUCGGUGACCACGCAACAGUAUUACGGCGCCCUCAGCCGACUCGUAAGUACCUCGCUGCCAGCCAUUGAUAGCGGAGGGCCUCUGCUGCCCGUACACCUCAGCUCUCUUGCGACGGAUACUCUCUCCUACAUCCUCCGAUGUGUGACCGACACCGCUACAGCUGUGACGCCGCGUCACCCAAAUACCAUCGGCAUCACCGCGGAGUCUGAAACUGGCAGCACCACGGCCCUGCUCGUACGGGUGGCGGCAGCUGAAGGUAUGCUGCGGCACAUAGCAUCGCUCGUGCAGCACGCGCUGGUGCUCGUCGAGGAGGCUGACGCCGCACCACACACCGCCAAUGCUGAUCUCCUGCGCACUCUUUGGUGUCUGUCCGGCGAAUUUGAGUAUUGUGCAGGGCUGCUGGAUGAGUGCAUGUCAUGGUGGACACUUCUUGACCUCGAGGACGCUGUCGCCGCAUCGCCCUCCAGCGAGCUACUGGAAGCCAAUGACACAUCUGGCGGCGAUUUUGGCGGUGUCAUCAGUUCUGUAAGCAAAUCGCUGAUGACCAGGAGUGCACUGACUCAUAUCCGCGUGCAGCUCAAACAGCUCACAGCAUCGUUUGUGGAUCUCUACGCCUCUGGUUGGUGCGGCGGCCUCCAUGCGCGGCUGCCAGAAGUCACCCGUGCGCGGAUGUGGAGUCGUGACAAGUCGCGCACGCAGCACCUCUACGUAUGCGCAGUUUUGCAUCACUUCGGCGGCGCCUCCGGGGAUGCCGCGAUAUCCGCGCGGCUGGCGGGAGCAGCGGAAGUCCUGCGGGAGGCUCUCACCCGCCACUCCUCCUCCUCCUACUCGGCGACCUCAAGAGCGGCAAUGAACGCUCAGGGACAGCAACAGUCGGGUUACAUCGACCUGGACGCACUCGUGAACAACAAGGGCGAAGACACCACUGAAGCAGCACACUGCACAGCGGCCGCCGGAGGAAUGCAAGCACUGGAACGUACGCUGCUUGCGUACCUCACACUGAAGAAGCAGGCCGACGGUGUGGUGGCGUGCACACCCGACCAAGUGGCACUGGUGUCGAUAGCCGCCUUGGUGGGUUGUUUUCAGCGGGCUGUGGCAGCAUGCCCUUCGCUGUCGCAAGCGGCGCUUCUCUGGCGCUUGUUUCCCGCUCUCCUCGAUAAUGUGUAUGACACUACGGGCACCCCCGAGGAGACACCACGCGGAGACUGCCAUGCUGUGCCUCGACCGAUGUGGUGCGAAAGUGACGCUCCCGCAGGGAGGUCGCUGAGGGGGGUGACGUGUUCCGUGCCAACAGCACUCUGGCGGCAGCUCCUGCGCAUGUGCGAGGAAAGUGACUCUGAAGCGACUAGUGACACAGUUCGCGCCAGUGGGGUGCGUGCUGAGGCGCUUGUGAUGCACAGCGAGCGCCUUGCCGUGUACGCGGCCCUCCUCUCACGAAAUCCGCUGGUGAUUAUGGACGUGGUAAUGCAUCCUCUCCUGCGACAUCAUCAGCUGGCAGAGACACACCAAGAGCAGUGGCAGCAGGUGCAGGUGGGCGCCGGUGGCACUAGCGCUUCCUGCGCUUCGCAAGGACCGUCGUGCGAGUGGCUAAAGAAGAUGCUACUGUACAGUGCAGUGAAUAACACGGUUGCAGAAGCGAGGCCAGUGGCGAGCAGCGAGGCAGGCGAGUUCACCUUGCCCGCUGCAUGGACGGCAGCAGGCAACACCCUCGGUCGUGAUGACAGUGGUAGGGUGCUGCGCACCUCUUCACCAGGCUCCCUCGCGUUGUUGUCUUCACAGCCACUGCUAGAGCAGUUCGUGUCAACACUCAUUCUCGCCGUACUGCGCGAUGCAUCACUCAUAUGUGAAGGUCAGACUUGCGCGCUCAUCACUUCCGGCUCCAAACAAGAUGAUGAAGGAAUAACGCACACACUAUCACCGUUACAGUGCUCGUCCUUCGUGUCUUCUUCAGCCGUAGCAAUAGAGGUGGCCGAGAGGCGAGAGUCCAUGCUGGUGGAGCUAGUGCAGCAUCUCGCCUACAUCACUCCGCACGCGUUGCACACGGUGUUUCGUUGGAUUACCGGAACACCAUACCCUCCCGCAGCACCCGCCCAGAGGUCCGCCGCCUUUCCCGAAGAAGCCACACCACAGGCCAAACUGAAAUGCAAAGCACUAAGCUGCGUGGAGGCCACGACGCUGCGCCGGCUGCGGGUUGCAAUGCUCUCAUGCGGUCCAUGGCCUGCUAGUGUGGCUCGAAAACUUCUCCAGUACGCCAUGCGUGCUCAGGGAGUAGCCGCAGAUGGGUCCGCGGCACAGGCACAUCGUGGCGACUUUCAGACUGCAGCGAUCCUGUUUCCUGAGGCACUCGAGCUCUAUCAAGGUCUGCAGCAGCAGCGAGAGAGCGAGCGAAAUCAUGCUGCUGCGGUAUCACGCGCGCUGACGGUCACCGCGCAAUGCCCAGUCGACACUGCCGAAGGUGUACGAAGGCCUCUCCUGCUCCGUGUUCUUCAGCAUUACGGCGAUCAGGUAGAAGGCAGCUCGCAACACGAGCAAAAAGACGGCAGCGGCGCCGCUGACUCGCGCUGUCAAGGCGCUCUUUAUCCUUCGCCUAUGUCGAGCUCACCAGCCGACGCGCUGUCAGUGCUGUGCUCUCGAGAAUACCGCUUCGUUGUUGGGUCGUCGUCGUUGCUGCUUCCCGCCCCCGCGGCGCCGAGCUUCUCAGUCGUCAGCACCAGCUAUGCGGAUUGCAUCACUGCCGACGUGCCGCUCUCUGCGAUCCAACUCGCCUGCGAAGAAGGUGCGCGCCUGGUGAAGGCUUCCUGCCCAUCAACUGCACGGGCUGCUGAGGCAGCAGCGGCGGCUCGCAUCGCGCAGUGUAUGCGCGACCUCGCCACUGCGCCGUCUCACGCCGCGUGCGUUCGCCUUCUCAGUGAUGGGGCUCUUGCGACGGACGUGAUAGCGAUGCCCAGCGAGAGCGUGGUGGAUGCGGUGAUGUUUGCCUGGCGAACGUUGCUCUUGAGAAGUGCCGAGUUGGACUGCUGUGGGCCGGAUCGGUGCGGUGCUGGCAGCGGCGCCGGAGUGAUUACCGCUGAAGUGCACCGCCCGACACGAAACCUGCAACCACCACGCAGUUGCUCCAGAGACCGUCACCGCAGGACGGUGCUGGACGUGUACGCGAUGUUCUUCCUCCUCGCAUCUCGCGUGUGUGAUCGACUUGCCACGACUACGCCACUGGCCGCACGACCGAAAGAGGGACGGCGGGUCUUGAGUGGGCAGCGCCGGUUGAACGCUUUGAAGCAAGAAGUGACGGCUUACUGGGCUGCAGCGUGGGCAGACGAGGUGAUGACUUUGGAAUCUAUGGUCAACUGCAGUACCGCGCGCGAGGCAGAGGCGAUUAGCGCCCGUAUCGAGGAGUACUGCCACAGCGGCGCGGACGGAGUCGCCAUGUACUCCCCCACGUUGGGCCAUGUGACCCUGAAAGAGCACCUGUGCCGCGCUCAGACACGUUUGCAGAGAGCGUCGCAGGAGAGCCCCGCGUCUUGCUCGUCUCUACGGGCCACGCAUCCGCCAGAAGCGGCUGACGGCAAGGCUGCAGCGGAGCUCUUACAUCUUCUCAAGGAGGUGAGCGCACACCUCCGCGAUGCAGGCGCACGACUGACCUCGCUUCCCCGCAGGAUCCCUGCAGAGGCUAACCUGCGCGCGGCACAGGAGCGAACUUGGUCGUUGUGGCCACCUGCCGCCUCGGAUACGCACCGGCUACGGGCGGCCAUGCGCGAGAGUUCCCGUAAAAGCGCCUGUGUCACCGUCACGGUCCGCAACCCGGUCUCGGUGGUCGCGUACCUGCGUGCCUGGCAGCGAGAGCACAGCUCGCCCCCACGGUCAGGGCGGCCAGACACACGCGCAGAACGUCGUCCGGAAAGCGUGAGGGCAACCGCCCUCAGCGAGUACGAUGUAAGUGGCGCGGCGUGCAUCUUACUGCCAGCGAUAUGCCUGCAGUCCUCUUCUCCUGCGGCGCAAGGCGGCAAGCAGCCUGCGACCCCUAAGAGAGGUGCGCGGUGGUACCCACUGCGCACCUCCGCCUCAUUGAUGGACGUCUGGCGUGUCGCAGAUGUGUUUGUGCGGUGUGGACGCCUUGUCCUCACGUGUAUGCCGCGUGACGGCAGCCGCGAGGCAUCAGACUGCGACCCAGCACGCGGCAGUAGUGAGGACUCUGACGAAACAGACCCUUUCCAGGGUGAAGUAGAGAGCACAGCCCCCGAGGCCAGCACCGCCGGUGCAGGAGUGGUGAUGCAGGCGCUCUUGGACCUGGUGUCGCUCGAGGAUGCACGCUUGCAGAAGGAGCAGCAGCAGGGAUGGAGGCGGCAACGUGCAGGACCCCCCUCCUACAGCACCCCCAGUGAUGACAUGCUCCAGCUGCUUGCUGUUCUGCGUCAACUGCGCCAGCGACUGCUCCCUCCUGCGGCUGCUGCCACGGUGUCCGGAGCACAUGGCACCGGGGUGCCCUUCACAACUGGGUCAGCACCAUGGGCCUCCUUCAUACCUCUUUCUUACUCAUACGUGCUGAGCACGUCGCCCGCUAGCCGUAGUGGUGAUUUAGGCGCGACGGACAUGGACCCGUCGUCUCUGGAGCUCUCCCGUGAUGCCAUCGCCUGGCACUCGUACCUCCACGUGCUUCACCUGUGCGGCAGUGGCCUACUGGACCGUGUCGUGCAAGGUCGCGGGCGUCGUGCUUCGCCGUCUGCUGCUACGCUGACGCACGUCGCUCACCAGUUGCAACGACUGGUGUCACUGUCCGGGCUUGAAGAGCAGGCAGCUCAGCCUACGGUGUCGUCUGCGUUGCGAGCCGGCCUGUUGAAUACUCGGGAGGCACAGCGCAUCAUCUGCUUCCAGUUGCGCGGUCUACAGCAUGUUCGAAGCCACGUAAACACGUUAGGAUGGACAGUAGCCCAGCAGAUAACGAUGCAGCAAGCUCAGCAAAGCACCAUGGCAGCAGUGAAGGCGGUAUGUGCGCUGCAGCGCCCCGCUCACCACGGCCAAGGGCGUCUCCAAGAAGCGGGUGCGUGCAGCGGGACUGCUGCUGGACCUUGCAGGCGCUCUGCAGGGGUGCAAGGCCGAGUAACUGCAGAGGUGAAUAGGCCGCACAUCAAUCACGUGAA